AAAUAAUAUUUGUUCUUCAUUUCUUAUGAAAAAAAGUCUUGAAGACCUGUUGUAGUCUCAAUCUCAAGUUUCAAAGACUACUGUAGCCGCACUAUUCCCACACAACCACAGAAUUUAUACAUUAUUUUAUUUUAUUUAUAUUGAAUAUUUUAUGCCUAUUAAUUAUUAUUAUUCAGACCAUUACGAAAAUAGCUAUGUUGAAUUUAAUGUGCAAGAUAAUAUUUAAAACUAUUUAAUGAGAAAUUAAAGUAACAUGGACUGCGUAAUUGCUGUUCACACUGGUGCGGGAUAUCAAAAAACAACUAAGGAAGCAAAUUAUAAAAAAAUAUGUUUGAAAGCUUGUAAAAAGGGAUUGGAAGUACUAAAAAAUAAUGGAUCCGCGCUAGAUGCAGUUGCAGUAGCCACUAUGGUUUUAGAAGAUUCUCCGCUAACUAAUGCUGGUUAUGGAUCUAAUUUAACGUGGAAUGGAGCUGUGGAAUGUGAUGCAAGUAUUACAGAUGGAUCAAAUAUGCAUUAUGGAGGUGUUGGUGCUGUUUCUGGUAUAAAAAAUCCAAUCGCUCUUGCCAAACUAAUUUGUGAAAAACAAAAUUUAAAAAUGUCAUUUGGAAGAAUUCCUCCAUGUUUACUUGUUGGUCUCGGAGCUCAUGAAUAUGCUAUAGCAAAYAAUAUAGUAGCUGUUGAUCCAUUUAGUUUAAUUUCAGAAAAAUCAAAAAGAGACUUUGUUCACAAUAAAUAUAAAGUUAUGAAUCAAAAGUACAGUAAUUGUCAAGUGGAAAACCGUAGAUUAGAUACUGUAGGUUGUGUUGGUAUGGAUAAGUUUGGAAAUGUUGCUGCAUCAUCUUCUAGUGGUGGAAUCUUAUUGAAACAAGAUGGUCGCGUUGGACAAGCUGCUUUAUUAGGAUCAGGAUGUUGGGCCCAAAAUAUGUCUAAUGGCGUUGCAACUGCAGUAACAACUUCUGGUUGUGGUGAACAUCUGAUUAAAACAAACCUAGMUAAAGAAAUAUCUAGACAACUUUUUAAUUGUUCUUGCCCUACAAUCGCGAUUAAUAAAUGUUUUAAUGAAGAUUUUAUACAUUCACCAAUAUUAAGAACUUCUAAUGAAAAACUUGCAGGAGCCUUAGUAUUAUAUAAAAAUAAAGAUUAUUGUGAAAUUUUAAGUGCACACACUACAAAAUCAAUGUGCAUUGCCUAUGCUACUGAAAAUCACAAAAAUAGUUUUAUGAGCCGUUUAAUGACAAAUACUUUGCCAGGAACAAGUGUAAUGGUACAAGGUUAUCCUGUAUAAGUAUUAUUGAGAAAAAGAGUUGAAGUUUAUAAAUAUUAUAUUCCUUGAUGAAAUAAAGUUGAUUUUAAUUAA